AGGUGGAUGUAUCAAAAUGUUCCGCUAAAGAAUCAGCAGCCUACCAUACCACCUCCUUAAACCCUAAAAUCAAAAGUUGCGAAAAUAAACCCUACUUCUGCUGCUUUAGUUUUGCCCCCUUGAUUUCACGAUUCAUACAGAAGAGAUGGGAGGAAGUGACAGUGAAGUAGAGAAAUCAGCACACAAGGAGAAGGAAAAGAAGAAGCUUCAGGCCUUAGCUCCAAUCGCUAAACCCCUUGCUGGUAAAAAACUCUCCAAACGCACCCUCAAACUCGUCCGCAAAGCUGCCGAACACAAAUGCUUGAAAAGAGGAGUCAAGGAGGUCGUGAAGAGCAUCAGACGCGGUAAUAAAGGGGUAUGUGUAAUUGCUGGAAACAUAACUCCAAUCGAUGUGAUAACUCAUGUUCCAAUACUAUGUGAAGAAGCAGAGAUACCAUAUGUUUAUGUUACAUCAAAAGAAGAUCUAGCAAAUGCAGGUGCUACAAAGAGGCCAACAUGCUGUGUUUUGGUGCUCCCAAAGCCAACAAAGGGAGAACUUGGAGAGGAAAUCCAGCAAAAACUGAAAACUGAAUAUGAUGAAGUUGCUACAGAAAUUACAUCACUUGCUGCAUCUAUGUUUUGAGAAUACAAUUGUUUGUAUCUUUCUUUGUUUAUGCACUUGAAUUUAUCAGUAUUAGUAUCAGGUGUUUAAAUUUAUCACCAACUCUAGCUAUCUUUGCUAUUUUAAA